AGAGAGAGAAAGGAGAUAGAGAGAGAAUGAAGAGAUAGAGAGAGAGAGAGAGAGAGAUUGGUUUGCUCAAACAAUGCACGGACAAACAACACCGAAGCAGUGAGAGAGAGAGUGGAGAGAGUGAGUGGGAGUUUCCAUCAGAGCUCUCUUUCUGUCUAUCUAUUUGUCUCUCUGCUCAAAAUCUUCCAAAAUCCACACAACCAGAGGAGAGAGAGGAGAGAGAGAGAGAGGAGGAAGAAGGAAGAAUCAGCUCGUUCCCGCAAAGCAAUGCCUGCACUUUUUCUCCUUGUCCCAGAUUUUUGACGUUUCUUUUCCGUUUCUUUGCCGUUUCAUGCAAUAAGUACGCCGACAAAAUCCCUCAAAGUUGCUAGAAAUUACACCACCAACCUGGUCGCAGAGAGCUUUUGUUGCAGGUUUGUUUUGUUUGGCAAAUUAGAAAAAAGAAAGAAGCCGUCGUCUUCCACCGACCGGAAGCUAAAGAACGGCGGCGAAGAACAUUGAGAUGCACUUUCAUUUUUAGCUCUCGAGCUCCGAAACCUGAAGAUCUCCAAUCGAAAUGCGAUUUCAUUGCUGAAAAUCCUGCAAAUUUCGCCGAGGUUUUGAUUUUUCGGCAAUUUUUCAGACUGUGGGCCUGUGCUAAGUUUACAAAAAGCCGAAAAUCCGGAGUUUGCUGCAUUGGGAGAGGUGAAAAUGGCGUCGUUCGGAGAACUUGCAAAUGUGGCUCAGUUGACGGGCGUAGAUGCGGUGAGGCUGAUCGGAAUGAUUGUGAAGGCGGCGAGCACAGCGCGAAUGCACAAGAAAAAUUGCAGGCAAUUUGCGCAGCAUUUGAAGCUGAUCGGGAACUUGUUGGAGCAACUGAAGAUCUCGGAGCUUAAGAGGUAUCCGGAGACGAGGGAGCCUCUGGAGCAGCUAGAGGAGGCUCUGAGAAGGUCUUACAUUUUGGUCAGUAGCUGCCAAGACCGGAGCUACCUGUAUUUGCUUGCAAUGGGGUGGAACAUUGUGUAUCAGUUCAGGAAGGCUCAGAACGAAAUCGAUAGAUACUUGAAGCUCGUCCCUCUUAUUACUCUUGUGGACAAUGCUCGAGUCAGGGAAAGAUUGGAAUACAUUGAAAUGGAUCAAUGUGAAUACACAUUGGAUGAUGAGGACAGAAAGGUACAGGACGUGAUCCUUAAACCAGACCCCUCAAUACAUGACACUGUAGUACUGCAGAAAACACUUUCAUGUUCCUACCCAAAAUUAGCUUUUAACGAGGCACUCCAAAAGGAAAAUGAAAAGCUUCAACUUGAACUACAACGGUCGCAAGCUGCUUAUGAUGUGAGUCAAUGUGAAGUAAUUCAGCGUUUGCUAGAAGUGACAGAAACUGUCGCUGCAGAGUCUUCCCCCGAAAAAAAUAUUGAGAAAGUAGACCGCAGUCAUUCAGAUGCCAAUAACGAGAAAGAACAUUCAUCUAAAGAAAGCUAUAAAAAAAGUGAAUCUCGCAAAACUUCAAGAAACACGUCUUCAGUUUCUUCUAGACAUGAUUUGUUGUCAACUAGAGGUUCACAUCGGCAUGAAGAAUGGAAAACUGAUCUACUUGGAUGUUGCUCAGAACCAGCUCUGUGUAUAAAGACAUUCUUCUACCCUUGUGGGACGUUUUCAAAAAUUGCUUCUGCGGCAACUAACAGGCCUAUGUCUUCAUCAGAAGCAUGUAAUGAAUUGAUGGCUUAUUCGCUAGUAUUGUCGUGCUGUUGCUAUACGAGCUGCAUUAGAAGGAAACUUCGCAAGACGUUGAAUAUCUCGGGGGGCUUUAUUGAUGACUUCCUUUCUCAUUUUAUGUGCUGCUGCUGUGCCCUUGUCCAAGAAUGGCGAGAAGUUGAAAUACGCGGGGUUCAUUAUGGUGCCGAGAAGACAAAAGUAAGCCCCCCAGCCUCACAGUACAUGGAAACCUGAAUGACAAAGAAAGCACAGCUCCGUGUUUUCGAGAUUCAUCUCCUUUGAAAGACAUACGUAGAGAUAAUGGCUAGUUGCCAGGUUACAGGAACCCUCAUUAAUUUUCCCAUAUGUAAAUUAGCUUUUUUUCUCAUAUCUUUUUUUGUUUUUUUUUUAAAAUUUUUUAGAUUCAGCACAUUCUGUAUCAUAGAUACGUGGUUCCUUUUUUUUCGUUUCCCUUCUUUCAUAUACAAAGUAGCUUUUUCUAUACUUUAUUGGGGUUUGGUGGGUCCACCACGCAUGCGUGUUAUUGUAUGGGGAAAUUUUAUUUGAAUUAAUACAAUCUCUUUCUACACUCAA